UUGACAGAGAAUACAUUGGGAGAUUAUAAUAUUAUAGCAGAGCUUUCUGUUUCUCAAGCUUGUCGUGGAUCUCGUCCUUAUUUUCUAAGAAGACACAGGGUACCACCAUGUUCAUCAGAGGUCUUCAGAUUUGUUGGAUAGUGACAGUUCUUGUACCACUUACCCACCCAUCGUUAUGUACGAUGCCAACACAUGCAUGUGGUGAUGGACACUGCGUGUGUCAUGCAACAUGUGCGGACUGCAGCGGGAAGAACUUGACCUUCAUACCUAGACUCGAUGCGGGUACAUCCUCACUAGAUAUCUCAUGGAAUGUUUUUACAGCCAUAUCCCAUGCUUUAUUUCUUAAUAUUACAACGAUUAAUAUUGAAACGUUGAAAAUCGAUAACUGUAGAAUUCAACAUAUGGCAGCUGACACUUUCCAAGAAUUCACAAAUCUCACUUCACUGUCGAUGAACUACAACCCAGUUUCUUCUUUGACUCCUGCUUUGACUACUUCUGUGUUACCCCGUUUAUCCAUUUUACAUGCGAGUGAUCUAAAUAUCAGUGAUAUGACAUUCAUCUACCAUAUGAAGGCGGGGCGUUUGGGGCAUGUUUUUCUUAAUUACAACCAAUUAAGAGUUUACAACCACUCUGUAUUUUCGAACAAAAUAUAUAUAGUCACAGUUAAUGUAAAUCAUAAUCGUAUUUCUCAACACACAUUUGUUACGUCGACAUCAUUACAACAUUUGGGUAUUUCUGAAAAUUACAUUAGUACAUGCCCUACAUUUUGCGAAGACGACGACAAUACUCCCAUUUUUCCAAACUUAAGAUAUUUGGAUUUUGGUUUCAACUUUUUGAGUAGUAUCAGUAAUGUUUUCAAAUGUCUGCCCAAAUUAGAAACACUGUGUUUAAGUGGAAAUCCUAUAAGACGCAUAGCCAGCAAUACUUUUGUUGGACUCCCGAAUUUAUUUCAACUCUUGUUGAGAUCUCUGCCAGAGAAACCAGACAUUGAGUCCUAUGCGUUCAAUAGCAGUCGCCUGAGGGGAUUAUAUCUGACUAACAGCCAUAUAUCAUUUGGUACACAGGUCCAUGAAGACGCUUUCAGGGGCAUACACAUACAUAACCUUGAUGUAACGGCCAAUAGAUUUAAGGAUGUGACAGAAGAUCAAAUGCUAAAUUUCUUCGGACACUUAAAAUACAUGGAGAACUUUGAUAUGGGCUCUUGUCAACUUCAAAAUAUUCCUCUGUUCCUUCAGAAAAUGAAACAUUUAAACGCCAUUUCUUUGUACAGUAAUAUAAUUACAAAAAUUCCAGAAGGAAUCAUUUCCAAUUUGACUCAUCUGAGAAAACUGUGGCUUGACCAAAAUGAGAUAGCUACUAUCUCUGAACAUGCCAUACCAAAACACUUACGAGAACAAUUAUCUGUCAUAAACCUAGCAGACAACCCUUUCACCUGUGACUGUAGCCUCAGGUGGUUUAUUGAUUGGGUACAAAGAAACAGCUCCCUAUUUAAGCAGUACCCUAAACGAUAUGUAUGCAACAGUCCUGACACAAAGAGGCACGUAAUGCUAAAGGACAUCGCUUUCAGUCCGAAUGCUUGCUACUUAACGUUAGAUAUUAUAACAACUAUGCUAGUAUCUCUGUCAGUAAUCAUAGUUGUUGUGUGCUCCAUUUCCUUCCUGUACAAGUUGAGAUGGCGUAUUCGUCAUUUCAUUUACAUGAAAUACUAUCGCCCAAAACGACAAAGGAACCGAGAACAUAACCAGGACUAUACAUAUGAUGCCUACAUAAUUCACAGUGAUGAUGAUGAAGACUGGGUGGUGGACGAGAUGAUCCCCAAACUAGAGGAACAACAUCACUUGAAGCUGUGUAUUCCCAGCAGAAAUUUCUGUUCAGGCUACAUCCUUGACAACAUUGACCUGGCCAUACAGACAAGCCGCCACAUCAUCGUCGUCCUGUCCCCUUCCUUUGCUGAUAGCGACUGGUGCCAAGCAGGUUUGAUGAUGGCUCAAAGCUUCGUCCUUGAUAUUCGGGCUGACGCUCUCAUUACAGUGCUGCUGGGAGAGCCAGACGCCCGCAAUCUGAGUCACUCCCUCCACAGGCUGCUCAUUGACACGGCCUACAUCACAUGGGGAGAAGAAGAUGACGCAAGAGCAUCAUUUUGGGCAAGACUAACAACAGUUCUCAAAGAAGGCAUGCGUUCCAUGACUGAUUGUGAAUGUUAUUAAUAUUUGGCUUGAGGAGGCACUUCGAAGCAUAAACCACUAGCCUAGCUUCGAGAUGUCAAUGUUCUGUUAUAUUGUUUUGUUAUGAAGCACGGAUAUACUUUAUCAAUUAUGUAUCGCCUCUUCGAAAGUGCUUGCCUGAAAACAUGAUUAAUUUACCCUAGAAGUUUUUUUUCUUGCGUUUACUGCCUAUGAAUAUUUGAAUGAAUUUAUGUGUGUAUGACGUACAGAAUGUUCAAAUGUAUUCAUUAUAUUUUCACAAUACUAGUAACUUGAGUGUACAGUCCAAUAUCCUUCUCGAGAUUACGUAGUGUAUGUCAAGUACCUUUGUAUUGUUGUGGAUCAGGUUACUCGUUGGGUCAAGUACCUUUUGCAUCUUACUUGUACGAAGGUUGAUUCAUUUACCUAACGUUCGAGAACCAAGAGAGACUACUGAUCAUCGUAAUAUUUCCGACAUCGUGGAAGCAUUUUGGAAGGAAAUAAGUUGAAAAUACCAAAAAAAUUAAGUUUAGAUAAAGUCUAUUCAUGUGGGACUCAGAACAUAGAUAUCAAACGUCGUGUAUGGAACAAUGGCCGAAUCGUAAAUUCAAAUGUUAUAAACAUUCUUUAUUAUCAACAGCAGCAGCAACAACAAAAUGUGUACAAUGUAUAUAGAAAUAUGAUUUAUUCCUUGGUUAUCAAUACAAGCUGUUUUGUUUUUUUAUAUUUGUAUAUAAUAUAUUAUGAUAUAUUCAUGACAUUGUUGUUGCAUGGUUUUGGUUUGCUUUCGUCGUCCAUUUACAAGAGUGUGUUAAUCUUAUCACGGGACAUUUAAUUAUGAAUCAUUAAACAUUUUAAAAUGUC